AUGAGCCUUUGGCUCUCCCAAACCACACGUUCCCUUCCCUUCCUCACUGCAACACUGACUGCAACCAAUAUCACUCUGCUCACCCUGAGCUUCUCGCCCGCCGAGACUCAAUCAAUCAGCGCUGGUGGACAUGGUCAGACGAGUCUCACGUGCUCUGGAAGGAUGUCUGAGAAAUGGGCCCUGAAUACCUCGAAACUGCGCCCGCGCUACGGUGUCCACGCCGCGCACCUCGCCGCCGCCGCCGCCGAACGAAGGAUGAAAAGGCAAAAGAGCGCGUCCGACGAACAAUCCGCUCCGGCGGUCAGUAGUCACAACACAAGUGGGAUGCGGUGCUGGACCAAGCGUGGCCUGGCGAUCCCCGGUUGGAUUUGCUCGCUUAGUUCUAACAAAAGGAGAGAAAUUCCUGCGGACGCCGCGGGUGGGCACGGUUCGGCCGGCUUUUGCGUGCGAUAGCCUGGCUCAGCCUGCAUGCAGUCGCCCGAGACUCUGUGAGCGACUGCACUUGAGAUGCAGAGUACGGUGGUACCUUUGUCAAUAAAGUUGCUUUGCCCCCUGCUGCCUUUCUUCACGGCCUGCAGCUUCCUGAUACUCCCC